AUGGAAAGGAAGCUGAAUCCUUAUACGGAUGAUAAUGCCAUGUACAUUAAGGAUAGGUUGAUGAAUUUCUUCUCGGAUUAUCUUGAUUCUGAUGGGGGAGGUGCGACUGCAGAGAUACUUGAUAACUAUGAAUUUCACGAGGAAAGGUUUAGGACCAAUAUGGUUAUGAGUGCAAAGCCCCUGUCCUCAAUUUUGGCGUUUGUGGAGGAGGCUUGUUCGGCCAUAAAGAUGAGUGAGUUGUUCAGUAGGGAGUUUCUGUCUAAUCGGGCUGGGAAUGGGUUGACUAUGGCAGAGUGUUUAUAUGCUGGUCUUCAGGGAUGGGAUUUUCUUCAUUUGUUUCUGGAUCGAGAUGUGUCUAUACAAAUUGGGGGAACUGAUCAAUGGGCGAAUAUGAUUACUGGAUUGGAUUUGAUAAGGAAACACAUUAUGAAGGAUCAGUUUCUUAGGGAGGACGAGAUACAGGAUGCACCCAAAAUGAUGCAUGCUGGAGUUAUGACCUUUCCGAUACUGGAGGAUCAGAAGGGGGUUAAAUUUGGGAAGAGCGAGGGGAAUGCCAUCAAGAUACUGGAGGAGGAUAAUAGGAAUGUUUAUGAAUUGAGGCAGUAUCUGAUUAAUCUGGAUGAUGCUGACAUUAGGAAGUACAUGCUUCAGCUGACGAGUCUUCCUGUAGACGAGAUAGAUAUGUUGGUUGCAGAAAAUAUCAUAGAAGCUAAGAAGAGAUUGGCUGAUUGUUUGUGUUCGGAUAUAUUUGGAACUGCGAAGUCGAAUGCAUCUGCAUUGGCUUCCAGUCAGUUAUUUAAGGGAAUUGUGGGGGCUAAGAACUAUAAGGAUCUUGUUAGUCUCUCGGAAUUAAUUCCUACAUACACUUGCAUGUGGGAGGAGGGAAUACAGAUCUACUCACUGUUUGAGGCACUUGGAUUUGUUUCUUCUAAGUCUGAAUUCAAUAGGUUGGUGAACAGCAAAGGGAUAUCGGUGGCCAAGGCCCCAUGGGAUGACAUGGUUCAUAAUAAAUUCAGAUUGAAGUCCAGUUAUGUUUUCUGGGAUGUGGAUAAUGAUGCCAACAGGGGAAUAGUGCUUAUCAAGAAGGGUAAGAAACAAGUGGGAUUGAUAAGGGUAUUAAAGAAGCCCCUUGAACUACAGAAUAACGACUAG